UAUUUCCCACCACUCCUCACUUAUUUCCACCUUUCAUCUCAUUUCAUCUCAUCACACAAAACCACUUUUCCGGUGAAAUUCUCUUCCAAACGCAAAUGUAAGAAGAAAGAAGAAGAAUAAUCGAGGAGUGGAAGAUCCUUGGAAAUGGUGCGUUGUUGAAUGGGCAAUGUUACAGGACCGGUGGCGGCGAGAUUGGCGUUUUUCCCGCCGGAGCCAGCGACGUACGAGAUUUCGCGGGAGCGGGACGGGAAGGUGGUGAUUUCUGGCGUGAGCGGGGACAAGAACUUGGAGGCUCACGUGCUGGACACGAAGGGUGGAAACAAGAUCGUUGCGACGUUCUGGAAGCAUCCUUUUGCCAGGUUCACCUUGCUCUAUUCCCAUGGCAAUGCCGCUGAUUUAGGUCAGAUGCAUGACCUCUUCCUCGAACUCAGGGCACACCUCCGCGUCAAUAUCAUGAGCUAUGACUAUUCAGGAUAUGGAGCCUCUACAGGUAAGCCAUCAGAGUUCAACACAUAUUAUGACAUAGAGGCCGUGUAUGAUUGUUUGAAGAGAGAGUAUGGAGUUGAACCACAAGAGUUGAUUUUGUAUGGCCAAUCAGUUGGUAGUGGGCCCACAAUACACUUGGCUACUAAGUUACGGAAUUUGAGAGGUGUUGUUAUUCACAGUGGAAUCCUUUCAGGGAUAAGAGUCUUGUAUCCUGUCAAGGUCACAUUUUGGUUUGACAUAUUCAAAAAUAUAGACAAAAUAAGGCAUGUUGACUGUCCAGUCUUAGUUAUUCAUGGAACUAAUGAUGAAAUCGUUGACUGGUCCCAUGGAAAACGAUUGUGGGAACUUUCGAAGGAAAAAUAUGACCCUUUGUGGGUGAAGGGUGGGGGUCAUUGCAACCUCGAGGCUUUUCCUGAGUACAUCAAGCACUUGCGCAAGUUUCUAAAUGCGAUGGAGAAAAUCUCAAUCACAGGAGAGACAAACAAACCACUCACCCAAAAUCCUCCUAAUACUGAAACCAAACAUAAUUCUGAAUCCAAACAAAACAAAUGUUUAAGAUUUGGUCUAAUGAGAUAGCUGGAUCUGUUUCAGCUUUUAAAAGUAGGAAAGCAGAACCAUGGCUUCAUGGCAAAUUCUUCAUACACCUUCACAUUUUCCUCCUCCAUGUAAAAAUUCUAAUUUUGCCCCUUUUAAAUUAUGUGAUUCUGAAAUUAAAAAAAAAAAUGAUUUUGAAACUGUACAAUUCGAAAAGUUUUCAAAUUAGAAGUCAUUGUUUUUUAAGAUUUUUAGACGAAGUUAAAAAACUUGUACCUGUGUGAAUUGCACCACGUGGAAUCUAUUUUCUCUAUAUAUAAAAAAAAAACGUUUGGAUUGUAAAAUCUGAAAUGUAGAAACAAAAAAUGACUUCUAAAAGUAAAGAAGUUUAAGAAAAAAAAUAAUUUUUAGAUUGCACAAUUUGAAAAUCGUAACUUUUGGGUUGUACAAUCUAAAAAUCAAUUUUGGCAUAAUUUGAAAGUCAUUUUUAAUUUUUGGUACAAUCUGUUAGUUAUUUUUGACUUCUAAAUUACACAAUCCAAAAAAUCUAUUUUUAAUUUAUGUUUAUAAUUUAAAACCUUUUUUGUAAAAAAAACAAAGUGAGUUUCAAGUGAAAGUACAGUUCAAAAGUCAUUCUUGAUUUUUGGAUUCUAAAAUCUGAGAGUUGUUUUUUACUUCUAGGUUAUAUAAUCCAAACAGAAUAAAACAAGAAUUUGAAUAAAAACAGGACCGUUUAUAUUCAUACGUAGCAAGAUGAAAAAUAUGGAGGUGCGCGAAGAAUUUGCCUGGUUUGGUUGAAGGUUGAGACCCAAGAUUUGGAUACUUGAGUGGAGAAAGUAACAAGUGGUGGUUAAUUAUAGUGUAGAUAUAUCUAGCAAAGUUGAGUUUAUGAAUACUAUUGAGAGUGGAUAAACAUGUGUUUUUGUAUUCUCAGCAUGCAA